ACUGGCAACCAUAUUCCUCCUACUGUUAAGUACUGUUAGUGACGAUUACAAUUUGGAAUUGGUACUGUUGGCGAAUUUUUCCUAUUACUACUAUUAUAUUUAUAACUAAUUUUACAUUUGAUAAUUUAAAAUACAACGAAGGUUAUUGAGUACGUGUAUAUAUCUAUAAAUAUCGGUUAUUUCGUUUUUUAGUUAUUUCAUUUCUUCCUUAAUUAUUUCAUUUUAUAUAUGCAAUUACGAUUUUAAUAACAAUGAGUCGUUUAUAUACAACACCGACAUUGCGAGUUCGUAUCGCUAGAGAGGCUCAACUGUAUGCCGAAAAGAAAUGGAUUCUUGAGGCUCUGAAGAAAAUUAAAACUCAAAGGAAUUCUCUGCAGAUAGAACGUCUACAACUUGAGGGUAUGAAAGUGAGUUUGAAACAAGAGAUUCAAAUGGAGAAGCAGAAAGGGAAAAAAGUGGAAACAGGCGAGUCCAGCUCAUCAGCCACAUUGCUGCAGAAGACUCCGAAUAUAACGAGUACACAGAUAAUAGAGUAUGAGCACACACAAAACAUUGAGGACUUAGAAGCACUGUGCAACGAAGAGGAGCUCAAUUUAGUUGUGCACGGUACUGGUUCAAGUAACAUUAACAAUUCAGAUUUCUGCAUAGAGGAGGAUGAGGAGGAUAACGAAGACAAUUGUGACGAUGUCCUCAUUGAUAUGAAUAUGUUUAUGAACGGCCAGUUAUGAAAUUGUCACAAAUAGACAAUAAUGUGAUUAUAAAUACUGAAAUGUAUAUGAAAUUUCAGAUUUCGCUCGAUGAUAAUCAUCAGGCCAUGUACGAAUCAGUUUAUUCUUACGUGAACCGCACCGUGACAACAUGGAAUGCCUUACCUGUGAAAUGGCAACUCAUGGGGGGUAUCAUGGGCGAAACAGUAUACUCUGUUAUGUCCAUGAUACUGCUUAUGUCUAUAGGCGACGGUUACCACUUUCCAUCAGGUGGGGCGUCAGCUUGUUUGCCAUUCUAGUUGUAUUAAUAAAAAGGUGUUUCAUUCGUACUAUAACCUUGGAACCUUCAAACGCAAUGUGUAGCAAGCCAACAUAAUGCGGUCUACUAUUGAGAGCAAAUCAUUCUCUUCUCGAUUGACCGUAUUUAUGGACCAUAUUGUCUUUGGAUUCUCUCACGACGUUGUGGUCACGUCGUGUUAUAAUAAAAAAAAAUGUUGACAAAAACUAAGAAUUCUUAUGAAACUGCUCUAGCCGUAUCUUGAUCUACUAAUAGGUGCAUUAUUGGGAAUUUUUAAAUUUUUAAAUUGGUAUAUUCUCUUGGUGUAAGAUAGCCUAUUCCAAAUUUGAAAUCAUAAAAAAGUUUAAAAUAUUAUUAUAAAAUAAUAUUAUUAUAAUAGUUGAAAUCAUAAAAAAAUAUCUUAGAAACAAUGUUAAAAGUAAAAUUAGUUUCUGAAAACUUGUAAUAUUAAAUAACAGGAUUCUGUAUGUCUGUCUGAUAUAUUAAUGUAAAGAAUUGAUUGCUUGCAAUGCAUUGUAUUGUGUUUGGAUUUGAAGAUACGGCCUCGUUUCAAGUGGAUUCUCAUCAAUCAUCCAUCAGUCAAGAUCCUUCAAUCAACUCGAAGAUCUUUGUCACAGAGUUGGCAACACUCCAUUGCCUCUGGUGUUGCAACUACAUGGACUAUGGUGUUUUAUAUGAAUACCAUCAUAUAAAAAAUAUGAGAAUUGUAUUGCCAUGAGAGUAAUAAAAUAUUUUUAAAUUUAUAA